CCAUCAGGAAUAAUUGCGAGUAUGUUUGGAGGUUCCAAUUUAAAGAAACCAGCUUUGAGCGACUGUAAUAUCUAGCUAUCGUGGCACGAAAAUUACACCACCCAAGACCCUAAAAGCUCAUUUACAUAGCAAACUACAAGAUUGUCUGUGUGUUGACGUCUGAACUUUUCCUUUCUUACGCACAACAGUUGAAGAAUUGAUAGUAAAACAAAAAACAGAAGCCUUUGUCCACCUCUCUUGAUUUUGACAGAUUGAAGGCAUCAGCAAUGGCACAGGGUAUGUGCCCAAGAACAAAGCAAUGCUCAGAAUGGGCUAGAAUUUACAUAAACUAUUGUCUUUGCAGUGUGAAAGAUGGGAUUUCAUUAAGUGUUGGACUGUUAAGUGUUAUCAGUUGGAGUGUUGCUGAGAUUCCUCAGAUUGUGACCAACUACAAGGAGAAAUCUUCUCAAGGCCUCUCUAUUGCUUUCUUGACCACUUGGAUUAUUGGGGACCUUUUCAACCUUUUUGGCUGCUUGCUGGAACCAGCUACUCUUCCAACCCAAUACUAUAUGGCCAUACUGUAUACAUUCAUCACGAUUAUUCUUGCAGCACAAACCAUAUACUAUGGUCAUAUCUACCCUCGAAUGAAAUGCAAUAGAUGGCACAAAGAGGGUCCAAUCCUCAACCAAACUGAAGAAGCAGUGAAACUUACACAAGGGGUUAAAAAUGGUGGAUUAAAACAAAUCAACAAUACAGAGAAAUGGAGAAAUGGAUCCAGAAUUUUGGACAAAGGAAAUAUUUUGAGCUCACCUAUUCCUCUUCCUGCAUUUCCUCACAACAAUUCCUCUGGAAGGGAACUAUACUAUAUGUCAGCAAGAUCUCUUUCAAGUAGUCAUACUCCCAUAGCAGGAUCCUAUCUGGCACACCCUGCAUCAUAUCCUAUUAGGAGUUCCAUUGAGGAGGCCUUGCUUGAUGGAGAUAGUUCCACACAGUCUGCACCAAAUUUGAAUGGUGGAGAUAUCUCCACACGUUCUGCACCAAAUCUGAAACCCAAGACUAUGCUAUGUGUGGUCUUUGCAGUGGUAUUCCUUGGCAUAUUCAAUCUUCACGAAUCAACAAGAAGUCCCACUUUUCCAUUUGAAAAUCAAAAUCAGGCAUUUGUAUUGCGAGUAGGACGAAAAAUCUUGAAGGUGAGUGGAGGAAUGGUGCAUGAAAGUGGUGCCGAAGGUAGCACAGGGAUUGGAACAUUUCUUGGUUGGGCAAUGGCAGCCAUUUACAUGGGUGGAAGACUCCCUCAAAUUUUGCUAAAUAUCAAGAGAGGAAAUGUUGAGGGCCUCAAUCCAUUAAUGUUCGUCUUUGCCUUGGUUGGAAAUGCCACAUAUGUAGCAAGCAUUCUGCUGAACAGCUUGGAAUGGUUAAAAAUCAAACCAAAUCUACCCUGGUUGGUGGAUGCAGGCGGUUGUGUUCUUCUUGAUACUUUUAUACUAAUCCAAUUCAUCUACUUUCGCUGUUGCAUUUCCAAUUAACGGCAAGGGACAAAACAUAUCAGCUAUGAUAGUUAUAACAGAACAUGCUAACUAAGCUUUACUGAAAAGUUUGGAUGCUUGGGGAAAGUCCAGGGGAAUGGACUAAAUUCAGAUUUUCCAGCAAGCCCGGUCAGAUGUGAGCUUUUGCAUCUAGAGGACCUCGUGCGACACAGUUGUCACAUUUCUUCAAAUUCCUAGAUUCUAGUUUCAUUUCUCUUAUUACUGUUGUUCUUUAGUGUUGUAAGUCACUGUACUUUCACAGAAAGUUUUGGCUCAUUGCUCUCUGUUAGCAAUGUGUUUGUGGCUCUAUCUCAUGGUUCUAAUGGCCUUUUUCGGCUUAAAAUUAAUUCAUGUAAUCAUCUUUUUAA